UGAGGCCACUGCCUUUGCUUCAUCUCCAAAACGUGAACGAUUCGUACACAGCCUCAAACCAACAACUAACAACGAAAGUCUCCUCCGAUUCACGGCCUCCCUAAGAUCAAAACCCUUUCCUAACCUCCAUCAAAACCCUAGAUUCCUCUCCUCAUCUCUCUCUUCUCACAUUCUUCUCAGGUACUCCUCACAGAUUCUCUCCCUAUAUUUUCCUAUAAUGCUUCGUUUGGCUGCCGAGAAACUAUAGGACAAUGAAGAGAGAGGAGGUUUGGAAUUUUGGAACGGCGAAUUCCAAGUCCAGGCUGUUUGGAAAGGUGGCUUGACAUAUUUUAAUUAACCUCUGGAGAAUGGAUUUGGAAGAUAAAUUUCUUGCUAAAGCUUCUGGUGUUCAAAGUCUUUCUUCUAGUGUGCAAAGCACCCCAGAGAAACAUGGACAUUCAGAUGAUGCUUCAAGGAGUCCGGAACUUCUCCAAGAAUUUCUGAAAUCUGGUCCUAAGAAGGAACUUCUUAGAAGUUGCUUUACUAAGGAAAAGAAACACUCAGCUUCAUCAAAGUGUAAAAUGGCAGAACAAGUUGUGAAGACGAGUAAUAAAACAUUUAAGAACCAGGAUGCAAGAAAAGUUUCUUCCAGUCCCAACAAUCAAUCUACAUCUAGAAAACACCACAGGAAGGGGGAAAAUCCCAUUCGAUUACCAUUAGCUACAGAGCAGUCUCCAGAUUUUGUAUGUUCAAACUCAUGGGUCUGUAAAAAUUCUGCUUGUAGAGCGGUUCUAUCCAUAGAAGAUACUUUUUGCAAGAGGUGCUCUUGCUGCAUCUGUCACCGAUUUGAUGAUAAUAAGGACCCUAGUCUUUGGUUGGUAUGCACAUCAGAAUCUAGUCAUGAAGACUCCUGUGGGUUAUCUUGCCACAUUGAUUGUGCCCUCCUGCGCAACAAGGUGGGGGUUGUUGAUCUUGGGCAAUUGAUGCAGCUAGAUGGGAGUUAUUGCUGUGCAACUUGUGGCAAGGUUUCUGGGAUACUUGGAUGUUGGAAAAAGCAACUUCUCAUAGCCAAGGAUGCUCGCCGCGUGGAUGUCCUAUGUCAUAGGAUAUGGUUGAGUUACAGGCUUCUGGAUGGUACUUCUAGGUUUAAGGAACUACAUGAAAUCAUAAGAGAUGCCAAGGCCAAACUUGAAACAGAGGUUGGCCCAGUUAAUGGGGUUUCAGCUAAGAUGGCACGGGGCAUCGUGAGCAGACUCUCUAUUGCAGGUGAUGUGCAGAAACUGUGCUCUCUUGCAAUUGAGAAAGCAGAUGAAUGGCUUGGCUCCGUUUCUAACAAGAAUCCAAAUUCCAGAGAGGAUUCACUUCCUGCAGCUUGCAGAUUCUUAUUCGAAGAAGUGACUUCGUCUUCUAUUGUGAUUGUUUUGGUAGAACUGUCUGUUCUGUCACCUGAUAAUAUCGAGGGCUAUAAGCUCUGGUAUUGCAAGAGCAGAGAAGAGACCCACCAGAAAGAGCCAAUCUGUUUCAUUCCAAAAACUCAGAGAAGGGUGUUAAUAUCCAACCUGCAGCCCUGCACCGAGUACAGCUUUCGGAUAAUCUCUUAUACAAAAUCUGGUGAUUUGGGUCACUCAGAAGCAAAGUGCUUCACAAAGAGCGUGGAGAUUAUCUACAAGAGUUCCAACUCAACCAUCAUGCAGAAUGGUGAAAAAGAGAAUCCCCUGAUUGAAGGAAACUCUUCUAGUGCUAAGAGAGAGCCAAAGAAUACAACAGCUGCUGAAUCUUCUCCUGACUUCAAGGUGCGAGAGCUUGGAAAGGUUUUGCGUAUGGCUUGGGCUCAAGAGAAAGGCUCCUUAGAUAAGUUUUGCAGGAUGGACUUAGAAGAAUGCUGUGGAGUAACCAAACUGGUUAAGCCUGAAAAAGCAGAAGAACAUCAGUUGCCGUUGGUUUCACGUGAGCUCGACUUGAAUGUUGUUUCAGUGCCUGAUCUGAAUGAAGUGCUUACCCCGCCAAUAGAGUCCUUCAGAGAUGAAGACAAUGUAUACUCUUUGGCGCGGGCUGUUGAGGCAGAUGAAGAUGAUGUUUCUCAUGAUGUUGUGAUAGAGAAGAACUGUCUUGCAAGAUCACAUGGUAGUGGUGAUUCACAGACCUGGACCCGUGGACUGGGUGGAGAAGUUCCGGAUGUUGAUUCCCGAGCAGGGUUGUGCAGGAAAAGAGCAGCAAGCACAAAUGGAGAGGCACGCGACUGCGAUAGCACUCUGAUAAAUGGUUCACCAUUCCGAGUUGCCAACGGAUCAGGUUGUUUAGAUGAGAACUUUGAGUACUGUGUGAAGAUCAUCCGAUGGCUGGAAUGCGAGGGCCAUAUUAAGCAGGAAUUUAGGUUGAAAUUGCUGACGUGGUUUAGCUUGAGAUCAACAGAGCAAGAACGCAGGGUAGUUAACACCUUUAUUCAAACUCUAAUUGACGACCCAAGCAGCUUGGCGGGGCAGUUGGUCGACUCCUUUUCAGACAUUAUCUCCAACAAGAGGCCACGGAAUGGGUUCUGCAGUAAACUGUGGCACUGAACUUAGGGGAUCGCCAUUCUCAGAAAACAAGACAAAACUGCUAUUUUGGUUCAUGUUUUAUCUUUUUUCCUGCGAUGAUAAAUUCAUCCCGCUGAUCAUUCUUGCCGUUUUUUGUACAGGCAUUAUUUCUUAAUCACCUCAAAAGUGAUUCAUUUUUAUUGCGGACUAGUCUGUGUGGUCUUGUCCGGCUAAAAGAUUCGGGUUGCUGUUUGCGGAGACAGUUGAUUUUUAUAGGCAGGGGGGCCUUGGACCAGGACCAGGACCAGCAUUCCGCCCAUCUCCUAAUUUAUAUCCCAGCGGUAGAAUUGGUUUAGUUGUGGGAAUAUAUUUAAUAUUUCUAUAGGUACUUUAUUGUUUUCCUUUUCAAGGUGGGUGAAUGGAUCAUGUCUGUUGUCUCCAUCCAUCCCACUUCCUGCUUUAUUUAUUUAUUUUUCUCCUUUUUUUUUUUUUUUGAAUUUCCUUUCCAUUUGUUGGCGAACCUUAACAUUUUCCAAACAAGAAGGAAAUAUAUCCAUCUUUCUUUCCCCCCCUUUUUUUUA